AUGCGUUGCCUUCCGCGCGCGUCUCAAAGAGCCAAUAGACCACCACAGACGGGACCCUAUAGGGCUGACGUUCAGCCGGGGUUGCGGGAUUCCAAAGACGAACCGGUACAGAAGAAAUUGGAUGGAAUUUUCUUCAAGGAUGAAGUGGAUGAGAAAAGUCAGUUCUUCAAGCAAUAUAACAAUAUACCGAUCGGAUUUGAGGUGUACAACCAGAAAGUUUUCAUUACUGUUCCUAGAAGGCGAUACGGAAUCCCAUCUACACUGAACGUCGUGGAGCUGGUUGUUGGAACAUCACCAUUUCUCAAACCUUACCCGAAUACUGAAAGCAUAGAUUCUUUCAUCUCCGUCUACCGUCCUCGAGUUGAUGCCUGUGAAAGACUGUGGAUGGUUGACACUGGUCUUCUCGAAGUACCGAAUAACUUCGAACAGAAAAGGGCACCGCAAAUCAUAAUAUUUGACCUGAAGACUGAUUCAGAAAUAUUGAGACAUGAAAUACCAAUGGAUGUCCUUGUAAAUGGAACUACUUCAGGUCUUACAUCGAUAACAGUUGACGUUUUACCAACAAAAUGUGACGACGCGUUCGCCUACAUAAACGAUUUGGCAAGAAAUGGACUGAUCGUUUUCUCAUUAAAACAAAGAUCUACAUGGAGGAUCUCACAUAAGACUUUCAAUUAUGAUGUUGGGGCUACAGACUUCAAGGUGGCACAACACACCAUCAACUGGAAGGAUGGUCUAUUCAGCGUGGCUCUUUCAAAUCCUGAUGCUGGUGGUAAAAGAACGGCGUACUACCAUCCUUUCAUAUCCACCCAGGAGUUUUCUGUCUCCAAUGAGGUUUUGAAAAAUAAGGAUGCUGAUUUCGGAGCCAAUUAUAAGUUGGAAGGUGUAAGAGGCGCGUUUUCUCAGAGCGGGUCGCAUGACUUCCACAGUGGAAGCAAAACACUGCUGUACGCCAACGUAGCCCAAGAUGGCGUCAUGUGCUGGAACACAAAAGUACCUCUUACCAGUAAAACUUCUUUACUCGUCGCCCAGAGCCACAAGAAACUGGUUUAUAUUUCAGAUCUGAAAGUAAUUGAUGACGAUGUAUGGGUUUUAGUUAACCAGAUUCCCGUGUUUAUAUACGCCCAAUUUAAUACUACAGAAACCAACUUUUAUGUACACAAGGCCAAGGUUGCAGAUCUUAUUAAAAACACAGUCUGUGAUAAAUGAUUUUGACGAAUUUAAAUAAUGAAAAACAAAAGAAAAUAACAAUUUGUCGCCGAAAUUUGGAACGACUGGACUACUUUAUAGUUUUGUAUAAUUUGGAUUAUAACUUCCGAAGAAUUAUGUUUUCCAGACAUG